AUGAAAUUGAUCUACUUUUUUCUCCCUCUUGUCUCUUUGGCGCUAGCUGAUAGCCAGAUCAAAUGCCCAUGCAGCAAACAGGACUGCUCCAAGGUAGCAGAUUCAUGUGCCUGCGAAAACAAGAACAUUGUCAACAAAUACUUCUGCUGCGACGCCAACACCGCACCCCCCAAAGAUCUCGGUCUCAAGGAAUGUGAAAGUGCUGAGAAGUCAACAAUUCCCAUAAUGCCCCACGGCCCCAAGGAUUGGUUGGACUCCUUUUUCUCCAGCCAUUCCCAGCAAAGUACCAGCACCGCCGCGUCGACGGCCUACAAGACUUCUACUCUCACUGUUCCCUCCAGCACCAGCUCCAGUAUCUCUUCCGUGCCAGUCUCUACAUCGACUGCUGUUGAGACAACCACGGUUGCCCCAUCGACUCUCGUCACUGUGAUUACCACUACUACUACUACUACCUCAUCGACUACUUCCGUAAGGAAAAAUCCCUUGGCGACAGAUACUGUUUAG